AUGAGCUCAGAUUGUGGGGACAGCGACGAGAGCGAGGACGAGCCUCUUCUACAUCGAAAGAUUUCUGCGGAUAGGAUAGACCAGCACAAAGCGGCGAACAAGGCCACAAACCCCUUGACUCGUUUUGGUGCAACAUCCGGCAGAAAACGUGCAAAGACAGCCGGUGGUGACUCAGCGUUGAUCGUUCGGUCGAUGACCAGGCUAUCAAAAAGGAGCAUAGCCCCGGUCUUUCGCUAUUUCCAGAACAGUCAGAGCAUCACCCAAGCCCAAGGACUCUCGUUGUUACUCCUGAAGCCGAGCAAGUCCCAAACUUUGGGACCGAGACCAUUGCAACGCGCAAGAGAUCCAGCUCAGCUCCGCUCGUCACACCUCCUACUAUCACCAAGCGCCUUCGCCUUACGGAUGAGAACUUGGAGCACUUGGUACGUUCAUGCAGUGAAGUGGUAA